AUGCUAACUUUCAUCUUAUUUUUUGCCUUCUUCAGAUGGGCUAAUACCUGCGGCGCCAUCACCGGCCAAUCUGAAAUCAUGACCAACCCCACAUUCACCACAACCCUAUCACCACCUGUAGAAUGGACAUAUCCGCUUGUCCCUGCCCAGACAACAGGUACCCAGACGGUAAACUACUACUUCCCGGGACAAUCCCUCUCGAGCGCUCAAGCGUUGCAACAGGCCGAGAAGGACGUCACGGCGGCGUUUCUGGAAGCACUUAAUGCUAUGCCGUAUAUACCGUACUCCAAAGAUGUCUCGGUCACGGUCACCUACGCACCGGGACAAAUAUCGAAUUGUUAUACAACUGUGGCUUAUGCACCUGGAACUCAUAUUGGACUAUAUUCUACUGGUACCAUUACUGAGUACGUUACCGUAUCCGGCACUACCGCUACAGCCACCUCCUGCCCGGUCCCGCAGGGAUUAACUGGUUUUAGUGAAUAUGAACCUUACAUUGUGAAUUUAGGGAUAAAUACGCAGAAUACCCCGCCACUAACGAAAUACGAAUGGGAGAGAAUUGCUGUCGAUAUGAUGGCCUCGCUACAACUCCAAAGCAAUGCCGUCUUCCGAACCCCGAUGACAAUCAGC